AUGGCGGYGUUGGAAGAUGGUGGCGUCAGCGUCUCAAGAUGGCAGCGUCACCAUCGCAGAAUGGCAUCAUUGUUUCAAGAUGGGGUGCUGGCCCACCUGGAGGCGCUGGAGGCGCGAGCCCACGCGCUGGCCCUGCGGCAGGAGGCGGCCGAGCAGCGCGACGAGGAGCUGGCCGCGCUGCGGGCGAGGGCGCAGGAGCUGAGGCUGCGGCGGGACCGGCUGCGGGCCCAGGUCGAGCUGCAGCAGCAGCGGCUCCUCGGGAAUGAAGGGGUGGCGCCAAGCGCUGAGCCGGAUGCAGCCCAGCGCAGCGCCCGGGCCGUUCUGGAGUGGAAGAUGAGGAGCGUCCAGGACCUGCUGCAGCUCUUCUACCUCACAGGGCUCAGCGGGAAGCGGACCAAGCACGGCGCCUGCUUCUGCCUCAGCACCGCCUACGAGGGCACCUACCUGGACUGCUUCUACGUGGAGGUGGCCGCGAGGCCGCAGGUGCGGAUCCGCCGCCACUCCGUGCCCGCCUUCAUCCCGCUGCAGCAGCUGGCCGCCAGGCACCUGCCCGCGGACCUCAAGCGCUUCCUCUCCGCGCUCUCCGACCACCUCAACGCCUACGUCGGGAGGAGGUACCAGGCCGACCAGUUACAGGAGCGUUUCUCGAGCCACCUGGGAGGAACCGUGCAGAGAAACUCCUUGUGCAACGUGCUGGCCUUCAGCUACAACACGUCGGGGCGAAGCGAGAGCUUCCCGUUCAGCGCCAGGCUGCUCUACGGAGAUCCCUGCCGCAGCCUCCCCACGGAGGCCGUCGUUUCGUGCGYGCCGGGCGCUGCGGCGCCGCUCGCCGAGGACGCGGCCGCUCACGCCGACGCCUUUCGCCGCCUGCCCCUGCACGAGGCGCUCGAGGCGCUCGCCAGCCCCGGGGAGUGA